CCUAUAUAAGGCCUUGACUGCACUUCUUCACCAGUUCAACAUUCCUCUGCAACACCAAAAUACAGAUUCCGCAAUGCCUGUUGGAAUCAACCAACCCUCCGGUCAGAUCAAACUGACCAACGUCUCGUUGGUGCGUAUCAAGAAAGGCAAAAAGCGAUAUGAGAUCGCGUGCUACAAGAACAAGGUCCUCGAGUGGCGGAGCGGUGUAGAGAAGGACCUUGACAAUGUCCUGCAAAUCCCCAACGUCUUCGUCAAUGUCAGUAAAGGCCAGGUCGCACCCAAGGCCGACCUCGCCAAAUCAUUUGGCAACAAGGCAACGACCGAUGAGAUCAUACUCGAGAUACUAAACAAGGGCGAGCUCCAGGUGGGGGACAAGGAGCGCCAUGCGCAGCUGGACAGAGUUCACCACGAGGUCAUUGACAUCGUGGCCGGAAAAUUAGUUGAUCCGAGGACGAAGAGGGUCUACACUACGGGCAUGAUCGAAAAGGCGCUGGAGCAGCUCAGCUCCCAGUCUGCACAACCCCAGGCAGAGAAGUUGGAAGGCGCGCCCGUCGAGAACCCCGAAGAGAAGGGGAAAGGGAAGGAGCUCCCGAAGUGGACCGGCGUGGUCACCACCAAAUCCGCCAAGUCUCAGGCGCUAGAUGCGAUGAAAGCACUCAUUGCCCAUCAGCCGAUCCCUGUCGCCAGGGCCCGAAUGAGGUUGAGAGUCACCUGUCCCACGUCAAUUCUAAAGCAGGCUGUCAAGUCAGCUCCCAAGCCCCACAGCUCCGGCGAUGCGGAGGAUGGGGACAAUAAGCCACUGCAUGGAACCGUCAAGGACACAAUCGUGGGAUUUGUGGAGCAAGUCGAGAGUCAGGACGUAACCGGCGAUGAGUGGGAGGUGGUGGGAUUCGUCGAGCCUGGAGCCUUUAAGGCACUGUCCGAGUUUAUUGGAGGGCAGACAAAGGGCCGUGGCAGGGCCGAAGUUCUCGACAUGGCCGUCGUACAUGAAGACGAUUGAAUGGAAACACGUCUCUG